AUGUUCUCUUGUUUACUGGCCGCAACUGCCCUGGUGGCCGCCUCGGUCGUUUCUGCCGAGACGCAGCAGAUCGUAGUGGGGAUGAACAUGACCCGCAGUUACACGCCCAACACUAUCACCGCCAAUGUUGGCGAUGUCCUCAACUUCACCUUCGUAGCAGGCAACCACUCCGUCUCCCAGUCGAGCUUCUCCAACCCCUGCAAAGACUUGUCGAACGGUACCGUCUUCUCAGGUUACAUGCCCGCCAACAUCACCGCUGGCAAGACUUCUAGCUACCAGGUUACGAUCAAUGAUACCAACCCUGUUUGGAUCUACUGCGCUCAGGGGAAUCACUGCCAGCUCGGCAUGGUGCUCUCGGUUAACGCUCCCACAUCUGGUAAUAUGACCUUCUCCGCAUUCCAAGGUGCCGCCAAUGCCACUGGCGCAAACACCACCUCCACCUCGAGUAUGAGCGCGUCCGGUACAGGCGGAGCUGGUGCGAGCGGGGCAUCCGCUUCUGCCGCUACAUCCAGCAAGGCUUCUGCUGCGGAUGUGAGGUCUGUAGUUUCUGCGUUUGGGUUUAUCGGGACGGUCCUCACUGCCGCUUUCGCUGUGAUGCUCUAG